AUGGACAUCGCGGCCUUCCCUCACAUCCUGGAAAGCAUCCUAUCCUAUGCGCCGCCCGCAUCGCUCGUUAUACUCCGUGGCGUCUCACGCGACCUGCAUAAUCGUGCUGACGCGCGCCUCUUCGCGCACAUCCAGUUCGCCUUUCCCAAUUCCGAGGCGGGGUACAUCUCCAUCCGCGCCGCCCGCGCACCCGUAACACUCAAGUGGCUGAGGUACGGCACAGGCGCUAAGGCUCGGGACAACCGCCGAGCCCGAACCCGUAGGCACGUCGCCCACCUCGUCAGUGAGGCGCGUGUGCUGGACGGCCUACUUGAGGGCUUUGUCGGUGCCCCGCCCGCCGCGCAGCAGGCGCUAUUAGCUGCCGCGCCCGGCAUAUGCCUCUCCCCUGAUGCGACGGUUAGGGUUCUGCAUGGUUUCGAUCGUGACUGGCGCGCAUACGAGUGUCUCGUGCGCCUCUGUGACGGCCUGUACCUCGACCAUCGGCCCGUGAUUUCACUCGCGGACACCCCGUUCCUCCCACUCACCCCCUCCCGCCUAGCCUACACUGUGCUAGUAGCGCGCGGUGUGCCUCCACCCUCGGACGUGCUAAGGCGACACAUCCGCGAGUCGAACCGCGUCCUCCACCUCCUCCUCGACACACCCCGCCCAAGCCAAGGGGUGGAGGAUCACCUCCUCGCACAGCUCUUUGAGCCGGCGCUCUUCUGCACCGCCCGCCAGACCGAGUCGACGCGUACCCUCACUGUCGUGGGUGGUGGCGCCGAAUUACGCGCUCUCCUCGGCCUCCCAGCCUCCACUGGGGCCGACGAGUUCGAGACCGCCGUCGACGUGUUCGCCGACAGCGUGUGGUAUGUCGCUCCAGACGGGGGUGCACGCGAUGACAGCCACCACGGAACGGCAGAGGUCAUGGCAGCGCUUCGCAGGAAACACCUCCAUUUUCUCACGCCAGAGGAGUAUGUCAUGCAGGCGAUAAUUAACCUCGGGCUCGAAGUAGGCCCAAUUACCGGCUAUCCCCUGUAUUUCUCUCCCCUGGAAGUCGUGGUCAUCCACCUCGUUCACUCGGACGACACCUUGGCGCCUGUCGACACGCUCCCCCCACCGAUCUUGCAUCAAAUUCUGUCGAUUCCGUUCACCUGGGAAACUAACGGGGUCCACCUUGCCCCGCAAGUCACAGUCGUUGGCGGCGCGCAGGAGUGCCGCAUUUCCCUCGGUCUUCAUCCCGCAGCCUCAGACGACGAGUUCUUCACCGCUCUUGACCGCACUGCAGCGUCUCCCGAUGCGAUCGAGCCGCAUUGGCGCGAGUACGUUCGCUUCAUCUCGCCCAAGGAGCACGCCGCGGAGGUUGGUGCCGCGCAAGUCGUCAAUCGGCGGUAUCGUGUCGCCUCGAUGACCCUAGACACGGCCUAA